AUGCUCUGCUUAGUUAUUCAACUUAAUAUAUUACUCGGAAAAAAGAUCCGUUGGCUCGAAGGUUCAACUGACUAUUGGGAUGUAGCUACCUAUUUUGAGCUACAUGCAGUGCAACAAGAAUGGAAAAAAGCAUGUCAGGCUGCUUUACAAAUGUAUUUACUUAAUCCAUCGAGUUGGCGUUUUAAGACAACAAUGAACAAUUUGAAAAUAGUUCAUGAUGCAAGACUGACGCUUAAUAAACAAAAAUCUAGCAAACAACUGUCGAGUAAAACGACUAGUGAGGAUGGUGUCUAUAAUUUUUGGAUCGAAUUCUUCAACGAUGCUAUCAAUUCCGAUUUGAAAUCGUUGGAAAAUAAAGAACUACCUGCACAAUUGCCUAUUCUUGUUCGUGAUAAUUAUGAACGAGUUGAUGGGACCGGUUUUAUGAAUAUGUAUGUUGAAGGACGUUUACAACUGAAUUUUCAUACUGGUACAGACACCCAAACAUUGGUUAUUCGUCUGUUAGAACAACAUAAACAUAUUCCUGAUCAUGAUCGUGUGAAAACUAUUGAAAUGAAUUUAAUCAAAUCCAUUGUGUAA